GCUCUGACGGCGGCAGACAGAAAUAAACCACAGAGGAAGAGACACAGAGUGUGUGCGCUAGCCGACAGAAACAGCAGAAGAAGAAGACGAUGGAUAUUCAGACGGGUCAGGUGGUGCGUCCCGUCAGCGCCAUGGAGAGUCUGGAGAAGCAGCUGAGCUGUCCCAUCUGCCUGGACAUGUUCACCAAGCCGGUGGUCAUCCUGCCGUGCCAACACAACCUGUGCCGCGGCUGCGCCAACGACCUCUACGAGUCCAGGAACCCCUACCAUUUCUCCGGGGGAACCUUCCGCUGCCCCACCUGCCGCUUCGAGGUGGUCCUGGACCGGCACGGCGUGUACGGGCUGCAGAGGAAUCUCCUGGUGGAGAACAUCAUCGACAUCUACAAGCAGCAGCAGGAGAGCAAGACGGGUGACGGCGAGGACCCGCCGCUGAAGGACAAAGACGCCAAGGAGCCCCGGUGUAAGGAGCACGAGGACGAACGCAUCAACAUCUACUGCGUCAGCUGCCAGACGCCCACCUGCUCCAUGUGCAAGGUGUUUGGACAGCACAAGGACUGCGAGGUAUCACCGCUGCACGCCGUCUACCAGAGCCAGAAGAACGAGCUGCGUUCCGCCGUAGAGGUGCUCGCUGCCGCAAACAGCUGCGUCCAAGCCGUCAUGGCUCAAAUGGACGACACGUGCAAGCUGAUCCAGGAGAACGGAGAGCUGCAACGGAGGCGGCUGGGCGAGAGCUUCGACUUGCUGUACGCCAUCCUGGAGGAGCGUAAAGGCGAGCUGCUGGAGCACAUCGACCGCGAGGAGCAGAGCAAAGUGACGGUGCUCAGGACGCUGGCGGAGCAGCACAAGCAGCAGCUGCAGCUCAGCAACCAGCUGCAGGAGAAGCUGACGCAGAGCCUGCAGGCCUGCGGCGCCGCUGAGUUCCUGCUCGCCGCCAAGCAGCUGCAAGAGGAGGCGCGGCAGGCAACCGCGGCGGCGCAGCUACAGGGGCCCGAGCCGGGGUACGAGAGCAUGGAGCACCUGAGUGUGGACACCCAGCAGGUGGAGGCGCUACUCACCUGCAUGGACUUCAGACAGGGCGGCGAGGACGUAGACCAGGACGCUGGCAGAGAGUGAAAGAUGGCAAGGACAGUUUCAUGAUGAAGGACGAAGACGGCGUCCUGGUCUAAAUCCAGAGCCUGACGGAGAGCAACGACAGGAAGGAGAGUUGCUGAUGGCAUGGGUCGUGGUCGGACGGAGACCGGGAGGCUGACAGAGUAACGACAGGGAGCUGCUGCUUUUUCAGGAACUUCAGGGACGUGCGGAGGAAACGGAGUCCAUUUUGUAUUUGACUUUUUAUACUUUUGUAAUGUUGAACGUUUCGUUGUGGUGCUCGACAAAGUUUAUAUUUCCUGUGUUUGUGACAGUGAAAAUGUCUGUGACUUUGAGGUGUGAAUAAAGUUUGAUUGGAUUGA